AUGAUGGCGGCAUGCCGGCCGGGCGACGCCGUGGGCCGCUACCGGGUCCUGCAGAUCCUGGGCCGCGGCAGCUUCGGCGUGGUCCUCCUGGCGGAGGAUCCGCUGCAGGCGCAGAGGGUUGCCAUGAAGGUCGUCCCGUGCGAUCACCUCGACGCUGCGGCUGCCGAUCGGGCGCGCGAGGCGGCGCUCGCAGAGGCACAGCUGCUGCAGCGCCUCCGCCAUCCACACGUAGUGAGCUGCCUCGACGUCUGCUGGGAUGCUGGGCGCAGCGUGGUGUGGAUAGCGCUUGACUACAUGAACGGAGGAGACCUGCAGAGUGUUAUCGAUAGCAGGCGGAACUCGCACGAGCCGCCCCCCGACGCGGGUUUCGUGCGGCGUGUGCUCUCUGCCAUUGGCAGCGCCCUGCGGUUCGUGCACUCCCAGGGCGUCCUCCACCGAGACGUGAAGCCCUCCAACGUGCUCCUCGCAAGCAGCGGGACGGGAGCGGGCUCCAGGCCGUUGUCUCUCGUCCAGGCCGAGAUCAAGCUCGCUGAUUUCGGCAUCUCCAAGAUUCACGGGCGACGGCGAAUGCGAGCACGGUGGUCGGGACGCCGCCGUACAUGUCGCCGGAGCUCGUCUGCGGGCAGCCGUACGGCCCGGCCGCGGAUGCCUGGGCCCUGGGCGCGUGCCUCUACGAGCUGGCCGCCCUGA